CCAGGCGCGCAUCGUCCACGGCAAACAUGGUCGAAGCAUUGCAUUUUGCUGGGUCAGGUGAGGGUCGCCUAGCUCUUGAGUCAACGAGGGGCAUGCACUACAAUCACGGGAAAAGCAGUCGAUACUACGAUACUACGAAGCGAGCCAUCAGGGGCGCCAUUCCGGCCUUGGCCAGUCGUUCUUUGACUUGCCAGUACGUGGCAUACGUGCUGGCGAAUGUCGAUUCGAGGUAUUCACUCGUCGACUUGGCGAUCGACGACGCCACCGACGGCCUCGACGAGUCGCAAACCUUGGUUGUGAAGAGCUGGCCGCGCUAGUCGGGCGAGAGAUAGCUUGCCGUGGUGACAGACAUACGACUGCGUUCCAUUUCUACAGAGUUGUCGGGCAGCUCGAUCGAGUGAAUCACGCUGUUGAGCAACAUGUCUUUCGCUUGGACUUGGGUAAACUCGGUGUACUUUUUGCCGAGCGCGUGGUGCUGGAACCGUGGCAACGUGUCCAGGACCAUGAGUUUCAAAAUCGCCUCGCGAAACGCGUCAAAGACAGCAGGGUCGUGGUCGAUGGCAGUCUCGAGGCCGAGGACGACCUGGCCCUUGCGAUCUUUUGAAAAUAUCUUGUGGUAAUGCUGGCGGAGGACGUCUGGGAUGUUCGUCUCCAUGGGGGCUCCGACGCUCAUGUACGCCUUGUAGAUCGAGUACGCGUCGCCGCCGCCGUUCAUUCGAAACUCAUACGCUGCCUUCCACGCCACAACGUUUUCAUAGCUAAACUCGAGCCGAGCAAACGCGGAAAAUGCCGCGUACCCAUCGGGGGUGGCCAAGUAAUCUUCAAGGACGGCCAGUUUGCUGCUGUGGUCUUCCGCCGACGUAAAGUGCACCGGGAGCUCGCGCCGCGAGUGCAGCAGUGGCCACACGAUUUGACAUGCCACAACAACUAACCCUGCAAUCGGCAGGAUGAAGUAUCGGACCUUGUAGUUGGUCACCCAUGGCGUGUCCCGAAACAGCAGCGCGAUGGCUUCUAGGACAAACAGGACGGAGAGAAGUCGGCCCAUCGUUUGGUAGCGCUUGCGCAGGCCAAAGUUGUCGAUCACUUUUGAGAGAAAGUGCGCAAGAACGCCGAAGGACGCAAUGAAGACGGCGACGAGAGUGAGCAAGACAAAGUUCAUGGCGACAUUCAGGGGCACUUCGACGCAGUCAGCGACACUGAGCGACUGCAUGCGACCGACACUGUCUUGGUCUACGAGGGCCAGAGGUGGAAGAAGCCACAGUAGCGUGCCCAUGGCCCACUUUAUGACGAGUGCGCGAGGCUGGAGAAGUCGCCGCAGACGCUGGAUCUGGACGACGGACUUCGCCUUGGACUGGUCGGAGAUGUCGGCAUGGUGCUGGACGAGGUGCUGGGUUAAGUUGAAAGUCAGGACGAGCGUGAGCUGGUUGAGCGCGAGUCCGAACAGCGUCACCAUCACAAACACGUACAGGAACGCGUUAAACGUGCCGCAUGCGACGUUGUGCUGGUCCAAGAGCAUGCACGAACCACCGACCGACAGCACCGACGCCAUCGAGCUGCAGAACGCCGUCUGGUGGGGAUUUGAAAACCGAAUCGACGGAUAACGACUGCGCGCGAGGUACACGCCAAUCGCAAUCGGCAUCGAGCAUGAGAACAGCACCAGGACGACGUACAACCCAAAGGGGCCAGCUUCCAUGAAGAGACCAGGGUACGACGGACGGUCGGCGGCAACGUGGAACGGAAAGCGAGUGGAUGGGGUGUGGCUACGACAAACUUGGCAACGACACCAAGUAAGAAGGGGGGCCUGUCGGUACACGGAGGAGUGACGGCAACGUCC